AGUUCUUUUACAGUCCUGACCCGAUAUCUCUGGUCGAUAAAUCUAAAUAUACCUAAAGGAAGUUCGAAUUAUAGGAAACUGUACGCCACACGAGUUGAAUUGCGACAAUUUUCUAUAUAAAACGACUUUAGCUGGGGUCGGGGCAUUGGAUAAUUAUCGCGUGGGAUGCUCUUGGAUAUCAUUCGAAACUUUAGAGUCUCGCUGGAUACUUGUUUUACACAUAAUUGCAACUAUGCUCUUGUUUAUUUUGGCUUGUGUUAUUGCUAGUUCUUUCGCAGCUGAAUUUACUUUGCCGGGGAAAUGUCCGAAUGUAACUUUACAGGACAAUUUCGAUUUUUCUAAAUUUGCAGGCACUUGGUACACUACAUCAGUUUUUGCUAGUGAUGGUCGUAUUACUUACGAUUGCGCAGUCAUGGUAAUCAAUGAAGACAAUGUGGGCUACACCCUGAAGGAAAGUUACGUGGAGCUAGACGAUAGUGGUGAAAGAAUUGAGAAAUCGUAUUUCGCAAGAGUGGACCCUACUUUUGACGCUGAAGAUAGCGCCAAAUUUAUUGUUAGCCACGAGGAUGGUGAUAAAGUACUGCAGUUCCCGUUCGCCAUUUUAUCUACUGAUUAUGAUACUUAUGCUGUUGCUUACACCUGCCAAUCUCACAAAAAAAGAAUUAAGAUGCAUUACGUAUACGCUUGGAUCCUGUCUCGCCAGAAGGAAAAACUAAAAGAAAAUGCUCAAAAUAUAGUCGAAGAAAUUAUUUCUCAACAUACCGAUUUGGCUGCUAACCGUGAAUUCUUUGUUAAUAAAGAUUUUGGUACAGGCUGUACGUCUACUCAAAAAUCUCCUCAAGAAACUUUUACUAACAAUUUCUGGUGAUUGUAAUAUUCCUAU